CGGUGAGCAGGUGGCACGAGGGAUGCUGUGCCAGCGGCACAAGCAAGUGCUGCUGGCCCUGUGCGUGCUGCUGGUCCUGUGGCAGCGCUUCCGAGCUCCCGGCAGCGCCCCGGGCCCGUUCCCUCGGGCUCCAUCGCCCGCCGCAGCCCGGCCCGGCCGCUGUGCCGCCCGCCGCAACGGCUCCGCCUGGUUCAGCGCCCGCUACGACGCGGCCGUGGGGCCUCUGCUGACGGCCACGGCCCACGAGCUGCCCUCCGGCCUGCUUCAGUGGUGGCUGGCCCUGCAGGGCCCCCAGCAUGGCGUCCAGCUCCAGCCCAUCAUCCAGCAGCUCUUCAGGGUCAUCCAGGCCCCGAGCAGCAGCAGCUGGGCCCCGUCCUGCUGCAGGACCUGCGCGGUCGUGGGCAACUCGGGGCAGCUGAAGGGCUCCGGCCACGGGCUGCGGAUCGACGCCCACGACUGGGUGCUGAGGAUGAACAGAGCAAAGAUCACUGGCUUUGAGCAGGAUGUUGGCAGGAGAACCACUCACCACUUCAUGUACCCCGAGAGCGCGGUGAACCUCGAGCCUGGUGUCCACCUUGUCCUCGUCCCUUUCAAGCCACUGGACCUGCAGUGGGUGGCCAGUGCCUUCUCCACCGGCGAGCUCACACGCACCUACACAAGAGUGAAACAGUUCAUCAAAGCUGACAGAAACAAGGUGCUGAUCCUCAGCCCAGCUUUCCUCAAGUACAUCCACGACAACUGGACGCGGGGCCACGGGCGCUACCCCUCCACUGGCUUCACAGCUCUGCUGUUUGCCCUGCACUGCUGCCAGGAGGUCUCGGUGUUCGGCUUCGGAGCCGACGGUGAUGGGAACUGGCACCACUACUGGGAGAGGAACCGCUGGUCGGGGGCCUUCCGCAGGACCAGGGUCCACGAUGCUGAUGUGGAGUUCAGCAUCAUCCAGAGACUGGCAGCUGAGGGCAGGAUCUGCUUCUACACAUGAGGCCCUUCCACGAGCCCUUGGCGCGGGCUCCGGCACGGCCGCAG